UUCAUUUUGCUGGACCGCAGGAAGAGUAGCUGCUGCCUUGGCAUAAUACAUGUAUUUAUCUAUAGUAAAUACAAAUUGUUGAUAAACACGGGAAACUGAGCGUGAAAAACCCAGCAGCGUUGCAGUUCUUAAAGCAAACCGAUGUGCCUAGCACAUUCUAUCAUACUCCAUUUAAAGGCACUUAAAUAUUUUGUCUUGCCCAUUCACCCUCACAAUGGCACACAUACACAAUCCAUGUCUCAAUUGUCUCAAGGCUUAAAAAUCCUUCUUUAACCUGUCUCCUCACCUUCAUUUACAUUGAUUGAAGUAUAUUUAACAAGUGACAUCAAUAAGGUAUCAUAGCUUUCAGCUCAAUUCACCUGGUCAGCCCAUGUCAUGGAAAGAGCAGUACACUCAGUGUAUAUUGUUAGCACCAGCCCUUAGCUCAGUUAAUGAAUAACCCAAGGAGCUAUUAUCUGCACAUCUUGUAAUGUAAUCCAAGGUCACAGCGCAAUAGUUACACAGAGGAUUGCAUUAAAUCUGGAGAGAGACUUCUUGUGUUUACCAAUUAUACAGAUUCCUUAUUGGCUAGAUAUGGGUCAUGGGUCCCCACUUUCCAGUUCCCUACAUACAGUACAUGCGCUUUGAAAAACAAUUCCUGUAUUUUCGAUGUGGUGAUUUUACAUACAAUGUGAUUUGUGAUUUGACUUGCCAUUUAAUAAUGGCAAUACAUGUCAUUAUAUUGAACCCAGCUUUUCCAUUUGUCUUUAGCUUUCGACUGCAUCAUAUCUUCCCUUUAAUACAAUACCAUAGUCAAAUAAUAUAGGCUGAGAUCAGGGUCAUUUCAUUUUCUGUUCUGGUCAAGGAUUUAGAAUAUCUGUCAGUACAUUAUUAAGCCUUGGAGAUAGUAAAUCACGGUGUGUGUAUAAAGAAACAACAAUCAUGCAUGGAACUACAAAACAAACCACGAGUUCAGAGAAUUUUAAAAAAGUGUGAAAGGGAGCACUUGUUGCAUACCUGCCCCUGGUAGGGUGGGGUAGAUAGGUGGAGUUUGUCCCACACUUGAAAUAAAAGCUUACCUACAGGUAGCCAAGAACUCAUUGAAUAAGCUUUUUUCCUUCUCUCUCCUUUUUGUUCUCACAAAAUGUCCUAAAUAUCAUUGUGCCAAAGAGGACAAAGAGGAGAGAACAUUGUGGAACUCUGAAGAAGGGGUUUUACAGCAGGUUCACAUUGCAGAUUAUAACUACUGCGAGCAAAUGAAGCCACACCUGAGAAGGCAUCAACACUAAACUCCCACUGCUUGCAAUGCAAAUAGGGUGACAACAAAGUGGCAACUACAGAGAACACACUUAAGACCAAGAUGACCACCAAGAAGGCAGAUGUCCAACGGAGGAUCGUCUCCAAGAAUGGACACAACCAAGUGCGCAUUGACAACGUGGAGGGCAUGGUGAAGAUCUACCUCCACGACAUCUGGACCACGGUGGUGGACAUGAAGUGGCGCUAUAAGCUCACCCUCUUCUCCUCCACUUUCAUAAUGACCUGGUUCCUCUUUGGCGUCAUCUUCUACUUUAUCGGCAUGGGCAACGGUGACUUCGAGGGUGAGCUGCUGUCCAACCACACGCCCUGUGUCAUGAACGUCGAGACCCUAACCGGGGCCUUCCUCUUUUCCCUGGAGUCACAGACUACCAUUGGCUACGGCUUCCGCUACAUCACCGACGAGUGUCCGCUGGCCAUCUUCGUCCUGCUGGUCCAGCUGGUCACCACGGGCCUGGCUGAGAUCUUUGUAACCGGAGCCUUUCUGGCCAAGCUGGCGCGACCCAAAAAGCGGGCCGAGACCAUCAAGUUCAGCCAGUUGGCAGUGAUCUGCCGCCGCGAUGGUAAACUAUGUCUGAUGGUGCGUGUGGCCAACUUGAGGAAGAGCCUGCUGAUCCAGUGCCAGCUGAUGGGCAAGCUGCUCUCACCCAAUGUGACCGAGGAGGGCGAGAAGACUCUGAUCCGCCAGACGGCUGUGGACUUCUACAUAGACUCAUGCGGGGAGUGCCCCUUCCUAAUCCUGCCCCUCACAUUCUACCACGUGCUGGAUGAGAGUAGCCCGCUGGCGGGGCUGACCGCUGAGAGGUUGCGGACGCGUGACUUUGAGCUGCUGGUCACCCUUAAUGCCACCAUGGAGUCCACGGCAGCCACUUGUCAGAGCCGCACCUCAUACGUUCCCCAGGAGAUCCUGUGGGACUACAAGUUCAAGCCUGUGCUCUUCAGCACCCCUGGUGGCCAGUACGUGGCCGACUUUAACUUCUUUGACAAGGUGCAGGUGAGCAGCGACCCUACAUUCCCCAGCAACAACAAAGAUAAGCUGAAACUGGAGGAGUACAAGAAGGAAUAAGAGGUCGCUCAAACAUGUUGGACACUGGUAAUAAACAUGACCCAAACAAUUUGUAAACACGCAUUACGGAAAUAUAUCUGUUUAUAUUUCAUAUAAUUGCUAAACCUAAUACGCAUGAGUGAAUGAUGACACUUUUAAGCAAAUAAACUCAUGUUCAUGUAAAUUCAGGUGCAGUGUAUAACUAGCACAUCGUUUGGAUCCACAAGCCAUAUAAUAGGAGAAUAUGGACAUACAGGCAAAACAAGGACUGGGUCUCAGGUGCCAGUGUUUGAGUGGAACUGUGGCAGCAACUAUUGCUGUACUAGAAAUAUUUAACCUGUACAUAGGAUUCCAGGAAAGCGGAUUCAAGAUGUUGUUUCUUUAUAUCACUCAAGUUGGAUAUUUUAAGAUAUUAUACAAAUUUCACACUAAGGGCAGAUGGGGAUAGAACAAAACUUAUUUAGUGUGUAGCGCUUAAGAGCUGUGUUUUUUCUGUCUACGAAUAAACCAUUGACUUUGAAGAAGAGAUGUUUCAUAUGCCAUUAUGAGAUUGAAGGGAUGUUUUUAUCCCCCUUCCCAUUACCCACAUCCCACACUGCUCUACUCCUCAUCUCUUAGAUUCGAGCCAAUUAAGGGCUCUACUCAAUCCGUAUCGCAAAAGUUCCAAGUUACAGCGUGAUUGAAAUUUAAAGGCAAUGGAGACUGCAUUCACGGCAAACGCUGCAUUUGUCGGCUCAAUCGGAAAUUACCUUUACAUUUCUAUUGUGCAAUCUGCAACGCUUCAGCGGUACAGAUUGAAUCGAACCCGAGGUCUGUCGUUUGGUUGUUGGCACACACUGAACGUUUUGGGUCAAAACAAUGGGAGCAACUUCUCUUUACUGUAUGCAGACAGAGCACAAUAACACACAAUCUUUGACCUUCUAAGACAAGAGAGGACAGCACUUUGGUU